UCCAGGAUACCUGGACUCCUCCUCAUUCGGGUCUAUCUCUGACUGCUCUAACUCCUGUAAUCCCAGGACCUCUCCUUCCCGAGCCUGAGUAAAGAACUGUAAAUUUUCCAUAUUUGCCCCCCACCCCCAUCUCAGGUUACUAGGCCUCAGGUAGAACUUCCUUGGGAGGUUCCUCUUCUGGUGGGACCUCCUCGGGUGCUGGCUUGUGGGCGAUCCCUCCCUGUAACCAUGCAGUUUUCAGUAUGUCUCUCAGCCCACCAGGAAAAAGAUAGCCUUGGGUCUCUCCUUCCCCAUCAAUGACUCCUCCAAGCCCCUCCAGCGCUGUCUGCAAAUACCGCAAGCCAAGGAGCACUAGAGCCUGUGGGGAAGCAAGUGGAAAGAUGAUGGUCAGUGGACUUGGGCCCACAAGGCUGAAAGGGGAAGGAGGCGGGGCCCUUGGCUGACUGACCUGCAGCAAGAAGGUGGCAGCCAGCAUGCUUCCCAGUGUGCCCGACAGACCCUGCAGGUGCCCCAGCAGCACCUCAUGGCACCCUUGGGCCCAGAGGUUUAGGUUGGGCUGCCGAGGAUCGAAGAGUGGAUGGGCAUAGGGGUCUGAGAGUUGGCUUUGCAGGCAAGGCCUGGGUGAGUGGGGGUUGCAACAGGAGAAGGGGACUCCAUCAAUCAGGUAUAAACCUUCCACAUUGCUCUGAAUCCGGCUGUAAGGGCAUAGGCAAUAUAGUUACAUGGCUGCAGACAGAGGCCUAGAGGAGCAGCUGAGGGCAGAGGCAGUUGAAAAAAAUUACUGUAAAACAUCUACUGAGUGCUUUACUAUCCAAGCAUGCUUAAUUUAUCUCCACAACUCUGUAAGAUAGGAGCUUAUCUGGAAGAUAAAGACAGGUAUAGUUAUCUCCAUUUUACAGAUGAGGAAUGGGCCCAGAGUGGUUUGGCAACAUGCCCUGGACAGCACAGCUGAUAAAGAGAAGAGUUGUAAUCCAUUCUCUCAGCUAUUCUGCUCUAUUUAUUGCAUGUCUGAGUGAGAAUUUCAAGACAAAGGAGGGAGUCUAGCGAGAAGGAAAAGAAAAGCAAAUCAAUCACUCACUCUACCACAUCUUGGUCGCUGGGGUCCAGGUAACGGUUGCUGACCCAUUGGACACCAAACCAAUCCUUGUAGCCAUGGCGUCCGCAGCAGUGGUACCUCAACUGCAACUCAUCCAUCAGUCGUUUGGCCUGACAGUGUCCAGGCACCUCUGUGUCCUUGUAGUGAACCAAGGCAGCCUCCAGGCCCUCCUCCAAUCCCUGGUGCAGACUUACAGGCAAAACCAGGGUUAGCCCUAAGGCAAGGGCCAGCAAUCCCCCACCUGCAGCAGUGCCAGCCGCCAGCAGCGGACUCAGGACCCCUCGCCAGGGAGGGUAUCGAGCUGCAUCCAGACUCGCCCGGCUGGCUCCUGCGCCCCCUAGUCCCGUGCCCAGAGCCACCACUCCUGCUGCCAGGGCAGUCUGGGGCAGGGCAGGGAAUGAACAAGAGGGAGCCAGAAAGGUGCCAAGGUGCCACAGCUGUACCAGGAGGUGCCCACUACAGAGGAGGGUGAGGCCACCGGCCAGUGCCAGCAGCCAGGAGAGGAGCCAGAGCCCCUGCGCCAGACGGAUACGGGGUUGGAGGGGCAGCACCACGGGCAGCACCGGCGCCAUCUCCCAUCUCUGCCCAAGGGAGUGAAGAGCCGUCGGGGCUGGGGGUUGGCUGGGGCAGGCAGGAUGCUGAGUCAGCCCAGCCUGGCUUCAGCAGGGCUAAUGCCAUCCUGACCCCAAUACCCUGGGCAUCCUCCCACUUCAGCCUUAAUAACCCUCUGCUAGCCCCAAUUCAGGAUGCCUUAGCCGUGCCCUUUAGGAAAGGCCCCGCCCCCAGGCUGAAGGCCCAUUUCGUGACCCCGCCCUGGCCUUUCGCGGAAGUGAGAGUUUGGUACGCCCGGCUCCGGGUGUAGAGACCCAGACCUCAGGCCCUGGGUCCCCUCCCAAGUCCUCUGGGAGCCUGGGGCCCGGAAGCCCGGCUAGAUCCUAGCUGGGUGAGAGGUCAGCCGGGUGUCCCCGCCCCCGGCCAGACCCUCGGGGGGCCCGGACAAGGAAGGGUUACCUGGCGGCCCGCCCCCCCUCCGGCCCGCCCCCGUCCCGCGCUUGCUGGCGACUCCGGGUCCCGCGCCUGUUUGUGCUGCGGCGCUGGGGCUCGGGUCGGCCCUGUCACUGCACCCUGGGGAGCCCACCCCGGGAGAGUAGCGGGCCCCAGUUCCACAGCGCCCCCUCCGAGCCUUGUCCCCGCGCCCGAUAGCGCCCCCCGGGGGUGGCACGGCAUCCCUCCGCGCGCGCGCCCGGGGUGCUUCCUUCCCCUCUCCCCAGCCAUGGCCCCCGCGGCUUAGACGCCUCGGCCGCCACCGCCGCCGCUCGGAGUAACGCGGGGGCCGGAUGGACGGGGCUGCGGGGCCCGGUGAGGGCCCUGCUCAUGAGACCUUGCAGACCUUGAGCCAGAGGCUUCGGGUGCAGGAAGAAGAGAUGGAACUGGUAAAGGCAGCCCUGGCAGAAGCCCUUCGCCUGCUGCGGAUGCAUGGCUCCUCCACCUCCCUGCAGGGCUCUGGCACACCAGCUCCAACAAGGGACAGCACCCCAGCUCCCCCAGGACUGCCACCUACAUGCAGCCCUUCCUUGGUGAGCCGAGGCACCCAGACAGAAGGAAAGUUGGAGAUGGAGCCAUCCUCUGAACCACCUGGCCUGAGCAAUGGGCCUCCGGCUCUUCAGGGGGCCAGUGAAGAGCCUAGUGGGACCCAGUCUGAAGGAGGAUGCAGCAGCAGCAGCGGGGCAGGCUCUCCUGGCCCCCCAGGGGUCCUUAGGCCUGUGCAGCCCCUUCAGCGUUCUGACACGCCACGGAGAAAUUCCUCCUCCUCCUCCUCCCCCUCAGAGCGGCCCAGGCAAAAACUCUCUAGGAAGGCAGCUUCCUCGGCCAACCUGCUAUUGCGGUCAGGGAGCACAGAGAGCCGUGGGAGCAAAGACCCCCUCUCCAGCCCUGGGGGUCCUGGAUCUCGGAGGAGCAAUUAUAAUUUGGAAGGCAUUUCAGUGAAGAUGUUCCUUCGUGGCCGCCCCAUCACCAUGUACAUUCCAUCUGGCAUCCGAAGUCUUGAGGAGCUGCCCAGUGUCCCACCCCCGGAGACCCUCAGCCUUGACUGGGUUUAUGGGUACAGGGGCCGUGACUCUCGCUCUAAUCUGUUUGUGCUGCGCUCUGGGGAGGUGGUCUACUUUAUUGCCUGUGUAGUGGUGCUGUACCGGCCUGGGGGAGGCCCAGGGGGCCCUGGAGGUGGCGGCCAGAGACAUUACCGGGGUCAUACAGACUGCGUUCGAUGCCUUGCUGUUCACCCUGAUGGUGUUCGUGUAGCCUCAGGACAGACAGCUGGAGUAGACAAGGAUGGGAAGCCCUUGCAGCCUGUGGUUCACAUCUGGGACUCUGAGACACUUCUAAAGCUGCAGGAGAUUGGACUGGGUGCCUUUGAACGUGGUGUGGGGGCCUUGGCCUUUUCAGCAGUGGAUCAGGGCGCUUUUCUUUGUGUUGUGGAUGAUUCCAAUGAGCACAUGCUGUCAGUGUGGGAUUGCAGCCGGGGAGUGAAGCUGGCUGAGAUCAAGAGCACAAACGACUCAGUCCUGGCUGUUGGUUUCAGCCCUCGUGACAGCAGCUGUAUUGUCACCAGUGGAAAAUCUCAUGUUCACUUUUGGAACUGGAGUGGCGGAGCAGGGGUUCCUGGGAACGGGACCCUCGCCCGGAAACAGGGUGUUUUUGGGAAAUACAAGAAGCCCAAGUUUAUCCCUUGCUUUGUGUUUCUCCCUGAUGGGAACAUUCUCACUGGAGACUCCGAGGGGAACAUUCUCACUUGGGGGCGAAGUGUCUCUGAUUCCAAGACCCCAGGCAGGGGUGGGGCCAAAGAGACCUACACAAUUGUGGCCCAGGCCCACGCCCAUGAAGGGUCCAUCUUUGCCCUGUGUCUCCGACGGGAUGGGACAGUGCUUAGUGGCGGUGGGCGGGACCGACGGCUGGUACAGUGGGGGCCUGGGUUGGUGGCCCUCCAGGAGGCUGAGAUUCCAGAACACUUUGGAGCUGUGAGGGCCAUUGCUGAAGGGCUUGGCUCUGAGCUGCUGGUGGGAACCACGAAGAACGCAUUACUGAGGGGAGAUCUGGCUCAGGGCUUCUCCCCUGUUAUUCAGGGCCACACUGAUGAGCUGUGGGGACUGUGCACACAUCCCUCCCAGAACCGCUUCCUCACCUGUGGCCACGACCGGCAGCUCUGCCUGUGGGAUGGGGAAGGCCACGCACUGGCCUGGAGCAUGGACUUAAAGGAGACAGGUCUGUGUGCUGACUUCCACCCAAGUGGGGCAGUUGUGGUUGUAGGACUGAACACGGGGAGGUGGCUGGUUUUGGACUCGGAGACCAGAGCGAUUGUGUCUGAUGUCACUGAUGGCAAUGAACAGCUCUCAGUUGUGCGGUAUAGCCCAGAUGGGUUGUACCUGGCUAUUGGUUCCCAUGACAACAUGAUCUACAUCUAUAGUGUUUCUAGUUGUGGCACCAAGUCCAGCCGCUUUGGCAGAUGUAUGGGGCACUCCAGUUUUAUCACUCACCUUGACUGGUCCAAGGAUGGAAAUUUCAUCAUGUCCAAUUCUGGGGACUAUGAGAUUCUUUACUGGGACGUGGCUGGAGGCUGCAAACUACUAAGGAACCGCUAUGAGAGCAGAGACCGGGAGUGGGCUACCUACACCUGUGUGCUUGGCUUCCACGUCUAUGGUGUGUGGCCUGAUGGCUCUGAUGGGACAGACAUCAACUCCCUUUGCCGCUCCCACAAUGAACGUGUGGUGGCUGUGGCGGAUGACUUCUGCAAAGUACACCUUUUUCAGUAUCCGUGCGCUCGAGCCAAGGCUCCAAGUCGUAUGUACUCAGGCCAUGGCAGCCACGUGACUAGCGUCCGGUUCACGCACGACGACUCAUACCUCGUCUCCCUAGGUGGCAAGGAUGCCAGCAUCUUUCAGUGGCGAGUGUUGGGCGCUGGGGGCUCUGGGCCCACUCCUGCCACGCCUUCUAGAACUCCUUCUCUGUCCCCAGCCUCCUCCCUGGACGUGUGAUCAAUGCUGGAUGGUCUUGUCUCUCUGGAACUGUGGCCUUGCCCCGCCCUGGCCAAAACCCCUAGGACCAAGGGCAGCCCUUUUUCUGGGUUGGCUUUUUCUUUGACUUCAGUACAUUCACAAUUGCGCAUUUUCCCGGAGGGCACACGUGAUAACGACUCGCUGGCUGAGCUGGGCAACCCCAACUCUGACUCCUUUUGCCUGGUGAGGGGCAAUAAAAUGGA